GUUGUCCAUAAAAGUUUACAUGUAAACAUCAUUUGAAAAGACAUAAGCAAUUAAUUCAUGAAAUGAAGUCGUAUGAAUGUAAUGAAUGUGAAUAAAAGUUUACAAAGAAACGUUAAUUAAAAAAGCAUUAAUAGGAUCAUCAUAAAAAAUAAUAGAAUAGUUAGAAUGAAUUCUUUAUGUGUUAAAAAUGUAGUAGAGUAUUUAUGAGAUUGAGAUCCUUGAAGAAGCAUAAUUUGAUAAGACACAAAAAUAUAAGAGCAUUUACUUGCGAGAAGUGUAAUAAGCAUUUUGCUCAUAAAUAAACAUUAAACAAACAUAUUUUAAGAAGUCAUAAAGAAAUUUGA